AUGGAUGCUUCAUCGAUGUGGAAGGGAGAAUGGGGGCAGUGGAGCCUGUGGACUUCAUGUACGGUCACUUGUGGUGGAGGUUAUAGGAAACGAUCCCGAUCUUGUUCGGUGAAAGGGCGUUGUGACGGUGCCGAAACAGAAACGGAACAAUGCUCGAACAAUGUUUGUCAAACCGCUAAUACAGUUAGCGGGUCUCACUGGACUACAUGGACCGAAUGGAACCAUUGUUCAGUUUCGUGUGGCCGUGGAUCACAAGCCCGCUAUAGGAAAUGUGUUACUGCUCAACACUCAAUUGCGUUUGAUUGUCCUGAUACAAAUAUCGAAGUUCGGGCUUGUGAUGCUGGCGCUUGUGCUGGAGUAGGUGUUUGGCUAUCCUGGUCUGAGUGGAGUACCUGUUCAACAUCUUGUGGGCCAGGCACCAUGCUUCGUCAACGGGGGUGUCAUAAGGAACCUUGUGACGGAUCAGCCCAUGAGAGAAGAUCUUGUAACCUAGCAGUCUGCUCAUCGUCACCAGGACAAUGGAGCCCAUGGAAUGAAUGGUCAGAUUGUAGUCGUUUGUGUGGACGAGGGAUUCGGUCACGGAGCAGAAGCUGUGCUGGUUCCGGAUGCUAUGGUGCAGGCAGUGAUCAGUCCUUUUGUAACGAACAUGCAUGUGAAGUGCGCGUCGGUGAAUGGGCCUCAUGGUCUUCCUGGAGCAUGUGUUCAGCUACAUGUGGUGCAGGAGUAAAGAGGCGCACCCGUUACUGCCGUUCAGGAAGUUGCCCUGGAAAUUACAAGGAGUCAGCUAUUUGCAAUGAUCGUGAAUGCGAAAACCGCAAUGCUGCAUGGGGAGGCUAG